ACAGGAAGGAGUUGAGUUUUUCCCGCGGAGCAGACACUGAGCACCAUUUCUCCCCCUGCAGUUUACAUCUGUUCUGGGUUUUCUUUAAUUUUAGAAAAACUAGCUUAUUUUUUAAGCUCCUUUCUUGUUGUUUACCGAGCUGCUUCAGUAUGUCUGGCUUUGAUGACCCCGGGGUUUACUACAGCGACAAUUUCGGAGGGGGAGACGGGCCUGGAGGGGACGAAGGAGGGCAGAAGAAGAGCCAGCUGAAGAAAAGGUUCCGAGAGUUCCUCCGCCAGUUCCGAGUGGGAACCGACAGAACCGGGUUCACAUAUAAAUACAGAGAUGAGCUGAAGAGGCACUACACCCUCGGAGAGUUCUGGCUGGAUGUGGAGAUGGAGGAUCUGGCCAGCUUCGACGAGGACCUGUCCGACUGUCUGUACAAAGUCCCCUCUGAGAACCUGCCGAUGCUGGAGGAAGCGGCGAAGGAGGUGGCUGACGAGGUGACCCGCCCCCGGCCGGUGGGGGAGGAGACGGUGCAGGACAUCCAGGUGACGCUGCGGAGCGACGCUCACCACGCCUCCAUCCGCGGCCUCAAGUCGGAGCAGGUGUCCCGCCUGGUGAAGGUGAGCGGCAUCAUCAUCUCGGCAACGCCGGUGAGAGCGAAGGCCACCAAAGUGUGUCUGCAGUGUCGCGGCUGUCGCUCCGUCAUCAGCAACAUCCCGCUGCCGCCGGGCCUGCAGGGAUACGCUCUGCCGCGCAAGUGCAACACUGAGGCCGCCGGCAGGGUGAAGUGUCCCAUCGAUCCGUACUUCAUCAUCCCCGACCGCUGCGUCUGCGUCGACUUCCAGACGCUCCGCUUGCAGGAAGCUCCGGACGCUGUUCCUCACGGAGAGAUGCCGCGCCACAUGCAGCUCUACUGCGACCGGUACCUGUGUGACCGCGUCGUCCCCGGCAACAGGGUGACCAUCGUCGGUAUUUACUCGAUCAAGAAGAUGGCGGCGGUGAAGGCUCGAGGAAACGAGAAGAGCGCUGGAGUCGGGAUCAGAGCGUCGUACCUGAGGGUGGUCGGCAUCCAGGUGGACACGGAGGGGGCCGGUCGUGGAGCCAACUGUUCGGUCACCCCUCAGGAGGAGGAGGAGCUCCGAGGACUCGCUGCGUCUCCCAACGUUUACGGCGCCCUGGCUCGCUCCGUCGCUCCCUCCAUCUACGGCAGCGAGGACCUGAAGAAGGCCAUCACCUGUCUGCUGUUUGGGGGCUCCAGGAAGAGGCUGCCUGAUGGUCUGACCCGUCGUGGUGACAUCAACCUGCUGAUGCUGGGAGACCCCGGCACAGCCAAGUCUCAGCUGCUCAAGUUCGUGGAGAGAUGCUCCCCCAUCGGGGUGUACACCUCAGGGAAAGGCAGCAGCGCCGCCGGUCUCACCGCCUCUGUUCUGAGGGACCCACACACCCGGGGCUUCAUCAUGGAGGGGGGGGCCAUGGUGCUGGCUGACGGAGGAGUGGUGUGCAUCGACGAGUUCGACAAGAUGAGAGAGGAUGACAGAGUGGCCAUUCAUGAAGCCAUGGAGCAGCAGACCAUCUCCAUCGCCAAGGCCGGCAUCACCACCACCCUGAACUCCCGCUGCUCCGUCCUGGCCGCCGCUAACUCGGUGUUCGGACGCUGGGACGACACGAAGGGCGAAGACAACAUCGACUUCAUGCCCACCAUCCUGUCCCGCUUCGACAUGAUCUUCAUCAUCAAAGACCACCACGACCAACAGAAGGACAUGACCCUGGCGCGUCACGUGAUGAACGUCCACCUCAGCGCUCAGACUCAGACGGAGGGAGUGGAGGGGGAGAUUCCUCUGGCCACGUUCAAGAAGUACAUCGCCUACGCCAGAACUAAAUGCGGACCCCGCCUCUCGGCCGCCGCUGCCGAGAAGCUGAAGAACCGCUACGUGGUGAUGAGGAGCGGCGCCCGCGAGCACGAGAGGGAGACGGACAAACGGCCCUCCAUCCCCAUCACCGUCAGGCAGCUGGAGGCCGUGGUGCGCAUCGCCGAGUCUCUGGCGAAGAUGAAGCUGCAGGCGGUGGCCGGAGAGGAAGAAGUGGACGAAGCUCUGAGGCUCUUCCAGGUGUCCACGCUGGACGCCGCCAUGUCCGGCAGCCUCUCAGGAGUGGAGGGCUUCACGUCGACGGAGGACCAGGAGAUGAUCUCCCGGGUGGAGAAGCAGCUGAAGAGACGCUUCGCUAUCGGCUCUCAGGUCUCGGAGCACAGCAUCGUGCAGGACUUCACCAAACAGAAAUACCCGGAGCACGCCAUCUACAAAGUGUUGCACCUGAUGCUGCGGCGCGGCGAGCUGCAGCACCGCAUGCAGAGGAAGGUCCUCUACAGAGUCAAGUAGAGCAGCUCAAACGGCACAGUGAUGUCAUCAUGUAAAUAGUUAAAACUCCGUGUUUAAAAGCAGAUCUUUAGAAAGCCCAGUCUCCGUUAGUGACAGCAACACGGACAGGAUGUAAAAUACAAACCAAAAGAUGUAAAAAAUUAAAGUAUUUGAAAACA